AUGGUGGCACGGGAUCUGCGAGCCGAGCUGGACUCGCUUCUCCUGCAGCUGCUCAGGGACCUGGAGGAACUGGAGGCAAAGCGGGUGGCACUGAACGCCCGGGUGGAGGGCUGGCUCUCACUCUGCAAAGCUCGCUACGCCAUGGGUGCCAAGUCGGUAGGGCCUCUGCAGUAUGCCUCCCACAUGGAGCCCCAGGUCCGCGUCUGCACCAGCAAGGCCCAGGACGGACUCCAGAAGUUCUGGAUGGUGAGAGCUGGCACCCAGACUCCAGAGGAGGUGGGACCCCACAAGGCAGUUCUGCACAGGCGGAAGGGCAACACGAGGACCCCAGAGCCAGACCCCUCGCCAGCUCCCCAGGACCCUCUGAACUGGUUUGGAAUCCUGGUUCCCCACAGUCUACGGCAAGCUCAAGCCAGCUUCCGGGAGGGUCUGCAGCUGGCUGCAGACAUGGCCAGCCUUCAGAUCCGCAUCGACUGGGGUCGAAGCCAGCUCCAGGGGCUGCAGGAGAAACUCAAGCAGUGGAGCCUGGGGCUCCCUGACCUGCCACCACCGAAGCAAGGCAGUGAGCACAGCUGUUCUUUGAUGUGGCUGCAUUAUCUCUGGCCUUCUUCCUUCACAGAUUGCCCCCCACCCCAGCUGUUCCUCCCUCCUUAA